AUGCGAACCAUAAAAGGAACUCGUCGAGAAGAACUUGAAAUGAUUGGAAAUUUAAAUUUGUUUAGAAGUGCAUGUUUACAUCUUUAUGACUCUACAAUGAAUGCUGACAUUAAAAAUUAUAUUGAAAAUAUGUUUUCUCGUUCUCGUUAUUCUAUUACUUCAAAAAAUAUAGUUCAAACGAUUCAUUCAUCAGGUGCUAUUGGGAGAAUUUGCAAUUUAUUUUCAAAUCCAAAUCUUCGUUUUUUUACAUCAUUCAAAAUUGGAUGUGUUCGUUUCACCACUGUUGACUAUUCUAAAUCAAAAGUAGCAGACGAUUCGGCAGUUUUAUUUCGACUUAAAGAUGAAAGCCAUUUUGGUUUGAUUACUUCAAUAUUUAUUGAUGAAGACGAUGACACUUUAUUGGAAAUAUGGCCUAUAUCUAAUCCAAAAACCUUACACAUAUUUACAAAUGGUCAAAACAUCGACACUCCAUCAGUUCAAGAAGGAAAAUUAGAAAAUAAUAACAACUUUUAUUAUGUGCCGGCUCAUGAUAUUGUUGAAAAAUGUGUGUAUUGGAGUAGAAAGUCUAAUAAUGUGAUUUUUUUUCGCUUUCCAAAUCUUGAAGAAAGUUCAUAA